UAGGCCACCAGCUGCUGGCCAUGGCUAUAAGGAAAGCAGGGGUGGUCCACGCUUCUAUUCUUCAAUCCUUACCUCCUCAACCACUUGCUCUAGAAGCCAUCUCUCAGAUCGUCAAAACAACCAUAGAAAGCUCCCAGGAAAGGCUCAAGUCUUCCGAAUGGGAAAAUGCUAUUCGAGCAGAUCUGUUCCAAUUCGUGAUGGCAAAGCGGACCUGUCGAUCGUCUGAUGAUUCCAAAGCGUAUCUGGGAGAAUUAUACAACCGUUUAGAUGUUACUCUUGCAUGUCAAGAAGAAGGUCUUUUGGAUUCCUCUACUCCGCUAGGGCUUAUCGAGGAUCUAUUCGAGAUGCAUCGUGUGGAUCAAUGCCAGGAUAUAUUCGACUGGGUUGAAUCUCGAUCACCCAUUCUCCUGAAGGGACUCCAACCAUCGAAAGGAAAGGCCCUUGUUCUACUUCGGGCGUUGAACGCGUUGGCACGCCGAGUGUCUAAGACAGGGACGUCCGCACAAUUCAAUGGCCGUAUCCUGAAUUAUCUUAGUGGGGUCUUCCCAAUUGGGGAGCGAAGCGCACUCAAUCUUCAAGGCGAUUAUGGACCAAAAUGGGAUUGGGAACCGCUUCCAAUUCCCCAGAAAUUGCAGUCGCCUGCUCAAAGGUCUUCCGAUGAAUCCAAAUCGGACCGAAUGGAGGACGUGAAACCAACAACCUCAACUUCUACCGACCAUACGACUGCCCCCAAGUCGGAAAGUUCGCCGGCAGCGAUCCUAGAUACCAAAAUUCCCUUGCCACCCUCAUCAGACCCCACUUCCUCUCUGUCACCCGAGGAACAGAAGAUUGAAUUCUAUAAUACCUUCUGGUCUCUUCAGUAUCCUUUCUCGUUCCCACAAAUCUUUCAUAAGACGAAAUGUCUUCCGGACGAUUUGAAGCGGAACGUGGAUAAGGUUCUCGCCGCCCUUGGUGAAGCUACCAAGAGGGACCGACAAAGCUCCGGCAAUAAAAGCUUAGUCGCUGUCUCUGCCGGCGUGAAACGGAAACGGGAAGACGAAGGGGAACCAUUUGGGGAAUCAGGGACAACCUCAAGUACGACAGAUUACUUCUUUGCAAAGUUCUUGACGAGGCCGGAUUUGCUUGACCUUCAGAUCGCUGAUUUACACUUCCGCCGCCAAAUCCUGGUGCAGUUGGCUAUCUUCUUCUAUCAUUUGAAUUCCUACCUUCCGGAAGAAAAAGAGAAAUCGAGCUCCGUCAAGCGUGCGCUGAACAUGAACAUGAGCAUGGACUUCACGCUCGAUGAAUCGGAUGCUAAAUGGGUGAAAGAUGCCAUGAUCAAGGUUACAGAAGAGUUGAGGGCGUCCACUGGUCAAGUGAUACACAAGACAUUUCAGGAUACCGUGAUCAACUUAAUGGAACGUGAAAAAACCUGGGUGAGAUGGAAAAACGAGAACUGCACGACCUUCGCCAAAUCCCCCAUUAGCCACGAAGAGGCUGAGAGCGCACGGCUAAAACGACAGAAGUUCGUUGAGCCUGUUCCUGACCUAGUGCAUGUUGCUGGUACAGAAGACCUAACUGAGGUCUGGGAAGGAGGGUACCAAAGCAGCGACGAUCUGGACCCAUACGUCAAGCACAAAGCGUUCGAUCGAUAUGUUAGGGAUUUAAACCAACUGGACAAACGAAUAGAAAUGAAGCAAAAGCAGUUGGACAUGUUUGCUCAACGAAACGCUGCGUCAAAACUUGCAGAACCAAAGGAAGAGCCUCCACCUGCUUCCGCCCCCGUCGUCAUCAGUGGAACAUCAAACAAACCAAUCGUCAAUGGACCGAUUCACGGCCUCCCUCCCAAACCCGGCACUUUUCCCCAUCCGUCUACCCCAAAUUCUAACGACGAUCCUGUGAAAUCCUCAACACCGCCCCCUGUACCUAAGAUUGUGAUUGAGGAGCCUGCGCAGAAACCAAAGUACAAUGACGCUCAGCUAGAUGGAUUCAAGGAGCAACGCGAAAUCCUCAUAUGGCGUGCUCUUCGUAUGGCAACCCAA